UUCUAUUUUCUUUCUUUCUUUCUCCUCCGAAAAAAGAAAUACAAGAAAGAAAAAAAAACAGCAUUUUCAAUUCACCCUAGAUUUUCUCUUCUUCUUCACAAGAACGCAACGCAAUGGCUUUCGCUUCUUUUCUCGGAAGAGUUCUCUUCGCUUCCAUUUUCAUUCUCUCUGCUUACCAAGAAUAUAACGAAUUUGGAGUAGAUGGAGGACCUUGUGCAAAAGCACUUAAACCAAAGUUUGAUACCUUUGCACAUCGAGUCCAUUCUCAAGUUGGCUUUCAAAUUCCUAACAUUGAUACGAAACUUUUGAUUACUGGGGCUAUUGCUCUGAAGGGUCUUGGUGGAGUUCUAUUCAUCUUUGGAAGCUCUUUCGGAGCUUUGCUACUGCUUCUGCAUCAGUUGAUUGCUACUCCAAUCCGUUAUGAUUUUUACAAUUACGACAACGAGGACAAAGAAUUCACUCAGCUUUUCAUCAAAUUUACACAGAACUUGGCUCUUUUUGGAGCUCUGUUGUUUUUCAUUGGGAUGAAAAACUCCAUUCCUAGAAGGCAACCAAAGAAGGCUCCAAAAACAAAAACCUAUUAGAUGCAGCAUUGGAGGACGCUUCUUCAAAGAAAUUUCUUGGAUUGUUUCCUGGUUCUUCAUCGUGUAUCGGUUAUUCAGUUAGCCAGGUUUCAACUUGGUAUACUCUGAUUCAGAAUUAGUUUUUGUCUGAGUUUUGUAAUUUUGUUUUCACGCUUAAACUUCUGAGAGUUGAUUUCAUUAUAUUUCAUUAUAUCCUAGUAAUCCUGAUGUAAGGAUCUCAAUGUCUCUGGCAUUUGAAGUUACAAAAACGAAAGAAAACUUGUUUUGCAA